AUGGUGACAGGCUGUCAUGAUGAAGGAGUAGUCCAAGCGAACAAAAGAACUUUGUCAAAACUGUGGAAUGCAUGCAAAUAUGGUGAUAUAAAAACAGUUCAAAAACUAGCCGUAAAAAGGGUCGGUGCAAACGCAAAAGCUCAUGGCAUGGCUCUCAUACACAUAGCCGCGCGAUAUGGAAACCCAGAUACUGUCAGGUAUCUCCUCUCUUUGGGUGCUAAUGCCCAUUCAGUGGACGAAGAAGGUUGGACUGCUCUACACUGGGCGAGCGCAGGUGGGCAUGUUACUGUUAUGCAGCUUCUGUUGGUGGAUGGUAUUGACCCCGACGUGAAAACAAAUUCCGGUGCUACACCCUUGCAUUUGGCUGCCUCCAACGGCCACGAGAAGGCGGUGAACCUUCUCUUGACCUUCGGUGGUAACGGAAACGCAUUGGACGGAAAUGGAAGGACUGCAAUGUUUUUGGCAAGCCGUGGUGGUCAUGUCCCUGUUAUCGAAGUUCUUCUUAAACAUGGAAUAAAAUCUAACAUCCCACCCAAAAACGGUCCUACACCAGUACAUACUGCUGCACGAAACGGUCAUUUCAAGGCUGUUGACUUUCUAAUUUCCUGUGGGGCAGAUAUUGAUGUUGUGGACAAGGAUGGGUGGAACGCGCUACACUCUGCCUGUCAAAACGGUCACGUUGAAGUGGUAGAGACACUGCUAAAAAGUGGUAUGGAGGCGGACACCAGAAUCAACGGAGGCUGCACUCCCUUGAUGAUUGCAAGCUGUCACGGGCAUCCAGAUGUAGUCGAUUUUCUUAUCUCUAAAGGAGCUGAUCCAAACUCCUCUGACAAAUGUGGAUGGACUGCUUUGCAUUUUGCCAGCCUGGGUGGCCAUAUAUCUGUUAUUCGAGCGCUGCUUAAAACAGGAGUAGAUGUCAACAUUCGAACAGUUCAGGGAACUAUUCCAAUUCAUAUUGCAGCGCGUUACGGCCAGCCCGAAGUAGUAAAGUAUCUCAUGCGUAAGAGGGCUGACCUAACAGCUACUGACAAAGAUAACUGGACUAUAUUACAUUACGCCACUCAAGGUGGUCGCCUUCCCUUCCAUGUCAUGGAAUCAAUUUCAAAUCAAGGUCUUGAUGUAAAUGCCAAGUCAGUCUUAGGAAUAACUCCGUUACACAUUGCGGCUAGGCAUGGCCUUCCAGAGUACGUAGAUUUUCUUUCAACUCAAAAUUCAGACAUCUUAGCUCGAGACAAUCAGGGGUGGACUGCUUUGCAUCAUGCCUGCAAGGGUGGUGAGCUUUCAGUUGUCGAGAAAUUGUUUAACAAGGGAAUUGACCCAAACGUCGGAACAAAUUCUGGUUUGAUGCCCAUUGGUAUUGCAGCAUUGCGCGGAAAUCAGGAUUGUAUUAAGUAUUUACUCUCAAAGGGGGCUGAUCUAAAUGUUGUGGAUAACGAAGGAAUGACUGUCCUUCACUUUGCCAGUCAAGGAGGGCAAACGGAUUUGAUCGAAACUUUAUUAAGCUACGGAUUGGAACCAAACGUUGUAGCUGAGAGGGGCCUGGUCCCUAUUCAUUCCGCAGCAUUCAACGGCCACGCAAGUGCCUUAAACCUACUUGUUUCUAAAGGAGCAAAUCUUAAGGCUGUUGACGACCAAGGUUGGAACGCGUUACACUUUGCUUGUCAAAAUGGGCAUACUAUCGCAAUAGAAACAAUACUCGAGCUUGGCUUGGAUACCAGUGAAAAAACAACGGACGGGAGAACAUCUCUUAGUAUUGCUACGAUCCACGAUCACCCAGAAGCAGUAAGAUUACUUCUCUCGAAGGGAGCUGACGAGCACAUCGCCGACAACGACGGGUGGAAUGCAUUGCACAUCGCAAGUCAUCAUGGUCACGUGACUAUUCUUGAACUACUCUUGGAGCUUGGUGUGGAGGUGGACUGCACGACCGGAGACAAUUUAACCCCCCUUCUUCUUGCUGCUAAGAGCGGACAAACUGAAGUGAUUGCUCCAUUAUUGUCGCAUGCGGCCAAUGUAGAAGCUUCUGAUAACCAAGAAAGGAAGGCAUUGCAUUUAGCAAGCCUCGAGGGUCACGUAAAGAUCGUGGAAAUCCUACUGGAAAGUGGGGUGGAUCCCAACCAGAAAACGCAACAAGGCGUCACCGCUAUGCAUUGUGCUGGGUUAAAAGGGCAUAAUGACGUCAUUGACUGCUUAUUAGAACGGGGUGGUAACAUUUACGAAGUUGACAAUGAGGGAUGGAAUACUCUUCAUUACGCUUGUCGUGGAGGCCACAAAAAGGUAAUCGAACGAAUGAAAAAGCUUGGCAUGCAGUUAAACUGCCAAGCGGGAGACGGUUCAGUUCCCCUACAUAUCGCCUCCCGCUACAGUCACCCGGAGUUAGUAAGUUUCCUUCUGACGCAUGGAGCUGACACGCAUGCUGUGGACAAGAAUGGAUGGAAUGCCUUACAUCAUUCUGCUACCAAGGACGGGACAGUGGCAGUGGCUGAUGCUCUCCUCAAACAAGGGGUAGAGAUGAUUGUGAAGCGCACUCAUGAUGGAGACACCGCAAUGGGGAUUGCUGAAAAAGAGGGCAAUAAAGAUGUACAACAAUUCCUUAAUAGCUUCGUGUCUAACCACUUGGGUAUUUCAAGUGACGAGGAUAGAAAACAUGCAAACUAUUGCAUCAUUCUGUGAGUGAGAAGAUUCCUCGGCUGUAACUGAACCAGUCAUCUAACUCUACUUCAAUUCCGACAGCCCGGUUCAUUGGCAUUGCAAACUAUUGCGUACCGAAACGAUUUUUACAAGGUUUGUGGGGGAACACUGAUUUAUUAGUAUUUUUUGUUCGUAUGAACUCUAGCAAAUUUCUUAUUGUAUUUCACCUAUGACAGUUGUUAAGUCAAGGAUUUCUAAUCGUGCACCAUGAAAGUACGUCGCCCAAAAUUAGUGAACUUUACCAUAUUUGAAACUCAAGAGCUUCAUAGCUCAAAUAAAAUCGGACUAACCUCACUCUCAGUUGGGUUGGUCACAAUGAAGAGGGCUUCUGUAGUGAACCUAAAGAACACUGAAUGUGUUCAAAUUACGAAUAACCUCAAAUUCUAUCUUUUUUUAUUUAGGUACCAUAGAGCAUGAAUUUACCUAUUAUGGCAAAACUUUGACUAUCUUGCUGUGGCCUUUUAACGAAUUGAAAUAUUUCCUACGUAAUUUGUAAAAGGAAUUCAAAGUUUAAAUGUGUUUACACGGUAAUGAGAGUGAAAAUGGAUGUAGUGGUUUUUUAUUACAUUUUUAAUAUAUCAAUCUCUAUAUAACUAUUCUCGGAAGAAUUUGGAAGUUCAGUAAGAGUCUUGGGAACAACACAAGAGGCCAUUCCUUGGCUAUCUGGAUAAUUAGUGUCAUUUAAUGAGACUUGGAAAACUGUCCGUCAGCCUCGUUCUGUAGCGAAGGCAAACCUCCUAAGCGAACCAAAGCUGGAAUUAAAACACAGUGCCAAUCUCACAAUAAAUGCAACCUAUCCAACAAUUUGCUUUAUUAAUCAAGAUACCGUGAUGUACAUGCAGGGAUAGUACAUUCACAUCAAAAAUACUCGGUAGCUGUCGUUAGUGAUCUCUCAAUAUUAGUAAUUAACCGCACCAAAUUCUUUAGGUCUCUUUUGUUAUUCAGAUAGAUGUAAGGAAGGGUGGUCUGAUUUUGAAGACUAGUUAAGGGUACUUUAAAUUCUAUUGCUAGCCUUAUAGUCUUAUGUAUGCGAUGCAAAACCAAUCUGUUAAGAACCGUAAGAGAAUGAAGCUGAGAGGCUGAAACCGCAGACAGGCCUUAUUCCAAAGGUAAUUUUCCCAAGUUAUCUUCGGACUCAGGUUUUUUUGAAUAUGUUAUGAAGAUCUCGCUUAUCGUUCGAAUGUAUUAUCGGAGAAUGAAAGAUCCUACAUGGAAUGUCAACAUACGACAAUUUCGCGAGAUCAAACGGGUUAUCUCUUUCUUCGAAAACUGCAAUGAUUUCCCAACAACUUUGGAAUAUACCCUUCGGAGUAGGGCCAAAAGAUGUGUUUAUUCUCAUGUAUUAAUCCUCCGUCUCUUGAUUGAGUCCUUAUGACUACUUGUUAUAUUAGCAAUCUGCUAAAAGUAAAAAGUAUUUUGCACGUGAUGUUGAAGGCCUCUCUAAGGCCCAUGAACCUAAGAUUAUUACACAAGUUUUGCUCAGAGAUAAUAUAAUUUAUAGAAGAGCCAUGAUUACUGAAAAGAGUUGUGUUUAUGCUAAAAGAAAAAAAUUAAAGUUGUAAUGUGAUUUUACUCAUGAAAAUCUUUGUCUUUGUCGAAAUUAUUCAUUCCCUUGUCUUCCUUUUUCCAAAUAUAAACGAGAUAUAAAUUAGUUUGGAGGACAUAAAGGAAAACCUUUUCAUUAUGGACGAUCACGUUCAAUGUGCACUUUGUUUUUAAGUUUCGUAAAGGCACCGUUAACAUUAGAAACUCAUGAAUGCUAGUGACUAAAUCAUGAUUGGAAACAGUUUUGCAUCUUUAUUGGUUGGGAGACUGGCUCGAGUUUUCCCAUUGGAGUUAUUUUGAAAUGAUAGGUAAAUGAGUUUGUCCUUGAUAUAUGGUAGUAACUUUGAAAUGUAUUUCGCCAAAUUGUUUUGCAUGCACUGGAUUUUAGUCCUCAGCCUUGCAAAAGAUCGGAAAUAUUUAAAUAAUUUUGAAACUACACUAAAUCAGGAAAAAUUUGAUAAGGGAAAUGAUGUAAAAUUAUGUUAUAGGGGAAAUAUUUUAAAGGAGAUUAAGUCAUAGGAAUUUCUGGCGAAUGCAUGUGAAAUGCGUUGGCUUGUGAUCGUUUGCAUGUAAAGAAUAGCCAAACUAGAUUAACCCCUCCUCGCUAAGUUACCUUUGUUCAGAGUCACGUUCGGACUCACGUAAGUGGAGUGUGCACUCAAGCCAAAUGGCCCAUCCAGCCGGAACUUAUCCCAAUUUGAAUGGAAUGAACGUUUUGCUACUCCCUCUCCUCCUGGAUGGGACACUAAUCUAUCACAGGUUACCCCAGGUAUUUCGUAAGAUUUUCAUGACAGUUCACCUACACCCUAUUAAACGCGUGGGUGGAGAGAGGCUCUGUGGUAAUAAAGUGUUUUGUCCAAGAUUACAUCACAAUGACCCAGCUAGGUUUCCAAACCGGACCUCUCAACCCGGAGUCCAGCAAUUUAACUGUUUAGCCACUGCGUCUCCAUACAGACUUGGAUGUCUCCACUCUUCGGAACUGGAAGGGGUGAAAUUUCAUAUCUUUUUAUCAUGUGAAAACUGGCACAAGAAUGGGGGCGACAUCGAUCUACAGAUAAUUUCGAAGGCCUCAAUUUGACAGAGCUGAUAGAAUUUUAGUCCCGUUUGGAAUAACCUAACGCGCAUUAAAUUGAAAAAGACAUAUACCCUCACAAAAUCAUGCUUGUUUUGUCCACCAGUAAUCAUGGAUGGACGACUUAAAUGUAUAUUGCAUGAAGGUUAAAUUGUGGUAAAAUUCUGACUGUUGCAAGUCUAAACAGGGAAAAUGUGAAGUUAAGAGGGAGGUAAAUAUCUUUGCAUUCACGUGAAACAAAACAAAUAGAGAAAGCGAACGCCAGGAAAGAAUCCAGUGAAUAUUCGGCAGCUUUUAUCUCUAAAUGGCCGCUGUAUGUUAUGUAAAUCCAGUGGGUUCCUUUCAUUACGGUGACUCUUCAUGUCCGUCAGAAUCACGUUGUUUAUUAGUUUCACAGAGCUGCAGUGCCGAUAUAACUUGUUUUCUUAACCCCCUACGUAGGUUGUUUAAAAUACUUUUAUUAAAACCUCUCCUCACCCAAAAUGAAAAGUUUCCUCGUGGUCGAAAGGUAAAUGAAAAGUUCCCCCUAGGAAAGAGUUUAUCGGCGUUUAUCGAGAGCAAUCUUGAUUAAAAAAUAAAACACUCCUUCGACUUCUUUGUCGGACCUAAGGACGAGUCUAAAAUUGGCAUAAAAUUGAAAUAAGCUGCUAUGAUUUACGCUUUGGUAUGAAAGACAAUAUUCAUAUUCUUAUUGAAAUAUUUGCAUUUCCCCUUUGGUGAAUCUUUUUAAGUUCCUAUGACAUGUUAUUCCACCUGCUCUUUGGCUGAGGUUAAAGACUUUCCUGUAAUCGAAGCCAAGGGCUGUAUGUAGCCAUUUGAAUAUUCAACGUCACGUUACAGUCAUAUGCCGGCGGUGGAUCUAUUCUUCAGAUAUUAUUGAAAGCAGUGCUGAGGAGGUAGGGAAAUUAUUGAGGCUGCAGUUUACAGCUUGUCAUCAAAAUGUUUGGACUUAAGUCGGUCAAAAAAAGUCUGUGUCGGAAAAAUUAUAAUUUUGGUAACAUAGGUAAACUGUAACGUUUGUAGCAUAAUUACUUUAUUUUAAACCAAGAUGUGUCAAGACAUUUUAAGUAUUAGUCGAGCUCAACUAUUGCAUAUAAGACAAGCAAAUGUCGAAAGAGUAAGACAGUUAAUUCUGUAAUGUAUCAGAUGUUAUAAUUUUAUGCUUGUUGGCUUUAAUGAAAUCAAUUAAGCUUCACAAUUCCACCCGUUAAUAUUACUCUUGUCAGUCCGUUUGUUUACAUCUCAGUAAAAAAUACGACAAACCCAUGUUUUGCGUUGGCUGAGAUGCAAAAUGGCCUAGGGCAAUCAGCGGAUCUAGAUUGAGGAAAUUCCCAAUUUCAAAUCCUUCCCUCUCUCCAGCAUUUGAAGUUGUUGCCCAGGUAGUAUCAAGUUUAACUCCCUCGCUGGGCGUUGAAAAUAGCCAACAGGUUUGCCUCCCACAAGGUGAGUUUUCGGUCUCAUUUAUCCUUUUCUCGAUGUGUUUACAAUGUUCUCAAUUAGCUCUGAGGUACUAAACGCAUCCACAGUAAACAAGAGCUGUUAUUUGUUUUCCUAUUUAAAGCAUAAAGCUCUUGGAAAGUAUGGCUUAGUUUACUAUUUGUUUGGCUUUUCAAAAUGCGGACUCAUGUAUUAAAAAUAAACAGAUAUUGUAUUAUCCUGUGGGAAAAAGCCAAAAUUUACUGUAGUAAUUUGGAAAUGCAUAUUGAACUGAUAAAUGAUUUUCAGGUCUUAAAGGCUCGUGAAAGUCAUAAUUCUAAUCUUAAUUUUUCGAAGCUAGGUUAACUAAAGCAACAUAUGAGGACGUUUGCUGAUAUUUUUUGGAAUGUGCUUCCAGAUUGGCUUUUGAGGCAUGAAGAAAAGCGACUCAUAAAACUAAUGGGAGCAUUGAAGAAGAUUGGAGUUAGAAAGCAUCUCGUGUAAUUAGUCGCAAAUCAUUUAAAAGAAUAUGCGACAUCCUAAAGAAAACGUGAUGUUAGUCCUUUUUAUGCGGCUUCACGAAAAAGAAUAAGCGACAUCCUAAAGAAAACGUGAUGUUAGUCCUUUUUAAAAAAACAGAACAUUAAACAAGUAGAUAAACAAACCAUUAAGUGAAAUUUCAUGAUGAGAGCUCCAAGCAGAGCGAAACACCUGGCGAUAAUUUUGGUUACCGGUGAUAACAGGGUUGAAGACUUAGUGCUUUGAAUAUUGCAUCCUUAUCAAAAAAGUAGUAUCUGUUAAGGAGAGCGUUUUGUUUAAGUAGAAAGUUGCUUUUAAUCAGUUUCUCGCAUAGAAAACAUAAUAUAAUAGUGUAGUUUGAUCGUUCAGGUGAGUGUAGUCCUGAGAAGGACUAUUGUUAGUAGUGGUGGCUGACGUUUCGAUAACUCGAGCGAUAGUCAUCUUCAGAGUCAAGUGAAUAGUUGCUGUCAGUCGAAUGUUCUUGGUCUGCUUUGUAUAAACUGAUUGGUCAGUUUUGCCGUGAUGUUAUUGGCUGUAAGACUCAAGUGGAGUAGGUCGGUCGUGAUUAGUCGGUCUCGAUCCGUUAGUAAAGUAGAUCGUUUUGUUCGGUUCGUUAGUAAUGUUAAUGUCGUGGAUGAGUCGUUUGUAUGGAGCCGGUAGUGGUUGACUCCUGUUGAGGGAAGUCUGUUCCAAGUUAGUAAACCAGCUCUCCAGAGUCAGUCGUUGAAAGUAGUUGGUGUUGUAGGUUAGGCAUUGCGCAGAGUCCCAGUCAAUAGUGUGGUUCGUAAGUCGGUGAUGUUCAGCAAUGUAAUUGUUGAUAUCUCCUUUCCUCGUCGCUCGUUUGUGUUCAGUCAGUCUAGUUGUGAGGUUUCUGCCAGUCUCACCGAUGUAAGAGGCGUGGCAGUCGGAGCAAUUGAUCUUAUAAACUGUUUCCAGUCCGUUCCUUGGUUCGUCUUUGUCUUUAACGUAAGUCAGUAACUGACGUAGUGUGGUUAUGGGUUUGUGAGCGACGCGGAUAUUGAAUGUUUGUAGGAUGCGCGAGAUGUUUUCAGAUAUGCCCUUUAUGUACGGUAUGGUCGCUGUAGUCAUAGGAGUGCUAAUAACUCUAUCUUAUGUAAUUUUAAGUUGCUGUGCAUUUUUCAACACCGUUCAUGCGAAUGUUUGUUUUCUAUAGGAGAAAGCAGUCCGGCAUCGCGCCUAUCUUCCCCCUUCCCCCUUCCCAUUAGGGCGCAUAUCGCAAGCGGCAGGGUUGAGAAAAGGUUAUUGAUUUAGCGCGGAAAAAAAGUCCGGUACUUAUGAAACUUACGAUGCUUACCUGUUAUAAACAGUCGAGUUACUGGAAAUGCCAUCAGCACAUCAGGUUGUGGAACAGAACGACGGCGACACUGCAGAGCUGUGCAUUGAACGCCUGUUAACAAAACUCUCUGAAGUGGAAAUUGUAAUGACGGCUCACGAAGGACGAGCUAACCAGAUGAGGAAAGAACGAGAUGCAGCAAACGCAACGAACGAAAGGCUGCAGAAAGAAAUAACUAAGAUGAAAAGUAUACUUUUGAGAAAUAAAUGGAGCUCUGCAGUUCAAGAUGUCGGAAUCAUCGAAGAACAAGAGAAUGCAGACGGGAGUUUCGAAGGAGGUAUACCAAUCAAUCUAUAAUUUUAAGUUUGGUCUUCUUUGAGGUUAGCUCGUCAGAAUUGGUGAUGUUCAGCUCCUCAAACAUGUGUCAAUGAACGUCCUUCUUUCAGUUCUUUCCGAGCUUUUCUGAUUAAAUAAGCUGCUGCUCUGUGAUUCAUCAGGGCAGCUAAUGAAGCCUUGUUUGACCUAAAGAUGGAAACAACUAUUAACGUGGAACUUUAUUUUAUACCUAAUGAUUUCUAGCCUAUUUUCUCCUAGGCAAACCAGAAGACAUGAAUUAUGACCUCGCCAUGAAGCGAAGACGUCGAGGUAGUCUCCCGGUGGCCUCGAUGCGACGAAGAGGCUCCGCAGACCAUCACAAAGAUUUGCGAAAAUUGCUUGACAAGCGAAGCGAUGAGUUGUUACAGCAACGACAGCAAUAUAGGAUCUUUGAAAACAGGUUUAAACAAGAAGAGCUUAGGUGCAGAAGGUUGGAGCAAGACACGGAGCGCUUGAAACAACUCCUGGUGGAUUUGCUAUCCAUUCAUAGCAGAUAUCAUCGCUCGAAUAUGUUUCCGUGUAGCAAAGUUACAGGAGUUGUGAUCAGUGUGUUAAUUGCCUUAACUAUGAUUGGAAUAAUUGUGUUUCACAUAAAUGAAAUUAGGUUUUAG